ACUAUUAAUGCUAUAUCAACAAAUGUGUAUGUUUGACUUGUCAGUGCCCUGCCAGCCGUGGUCCCAAACAGCCGUAUUCGCUCUCGUGUAUUUUAUUAUCAUCGCGACCUUGACGUUAUUUUGAUUCGGCAAAACUGAUCCAUAAAAAACAUGUCUACGGUCUUAGAGAACGGAUGCGCGGGAGUCGAUACACACGUAAACGGCCACAUCCCGUACACAAAUGGGAAUGGUACCAUUAAUGGGAUACAUAACACCAACGGAAAUGGCAUCUCCAAUGGCAUCUCCAACGUCUCCAAUGGUACCAUUAAUGGGACAAAUGGUGUGAAUGGCAGCGGGACUCCUUGGGAGAAGCAGUUUCUACCACCAUCACUCCAGCUUGAGGACAAAGCUCGCGCUCUUAAGGUGGAGUCAAAGUUAUCGGGUCUAGUGCUCUGCGGUGCCACCUUGCGGCAAGUGGGUGAAGUUUUCGCUCGGGAAAUUGAAAAUGGUCUACGUGAGAAGCCAUCCAGUCUCCAGAUGGAAAACACAUACGUUCCAGAACUACCAGAUGGCACAGAGGAAGGUGUUUUCCUGGCGCUCGAUCUUGGCGGGACGAACUUCCGGGUCCUAUUCUUAGAAUUAAGGGGAGGUCAGCUGGUGAGAGAGGAUGUCAAACAUUAUCACAUCAGUGAUGAACUCCGUGUUGGCCCUGGAGUAGACCUCUUCAACUUCUUGGCUGACUGUGUGCAGGACUUCCUCCGAUCAGAAGGCAUGGAGAAGGAUGAACUGUCUCUUGGUUUCACCUUCUCAUUCCCCUUAAAACAGCAUUCCAUAUCAUCUGGGGAGCUCACAACCUGGACUAAAAGCUUUAACUGUGGAGGCAUGGCUGGUGUUGAUGUAGCGGCCUUACUCCAGCGGUGUUUGAAUGAAAGGGGUUUGAAGGUUACAGUGCAAGUUCUUCUGAAUGACACCACUGGAACCUUGGUUGCUGGUGCUCACUUGGAUCCUGAAGUCGCGAUUGGUGUCAUUCUGGGUACCGGUUCCAACGGUUGUUACAUGGAGAGGGCUGAUCGUGUCAUGCAUUGGGAGUCAUCCCAUGAGAGAGUCCACGAUGUCUGUGUCGAUAUUGAGUGGGGUGCAUUUGGUGAUAAUGGCUGCCUGAACUUCAUGAGAACGGAGUUCGAUAAUGAGGUUGAUCGGAAAUCGUUAUUGGCUACGAGUUUUACAUUUGAGAAAUACAUUGGUGGUAAAUACUUGGGGGACCUGUUGUGUGCAGUGCUGGGAGGGCUUGCCAGGGAUGGUGUCUUCCCUGCUGCACCCACAUGGGGAGAACUUGCUAGUGCACACGUCAGCAUGUUUGAAGAAGAAAAUGCAGUUGGUGAGUGGAAACGUACGGCUGAAGCUCUUUGCGAAGCCUGUGGAGGAUCUACAAUGUCACGCGCCGACGCCUUAGUCGCCCAACAUGUUGCCCGUGUCAUUUCAAACCGAGCUGCCCAACUUGUAUCUGUCUGUAUCUCAACAAUACUUCGUCGUAUGGAACGGAAUCACACGGCCGUGGCAGUUGACGGGUCCGUUUUCAAAAGACAUCCGCGUAUCGCGAAACUCAUGAACAAAUAUAUCUCAUUACUGGCUCCUAAGCACAAGUUCACACUAUUAGGCGCUGAAGAUGGAAGUGGCAAGGGGUCUGCGUUGACAGCAGCAAUUGCUGCCAGAGUUGCUGCAAGAAAAUUCUAACAUUAAAUCCAGGAAUGUACUCGAAAUGACUGACUAUGAUAUAGAAGAGUAAAUUUAGACAUGAGUAAUUGAGUAUUGCCUUCUUUUUCCAACGAUGAUGCUUACUAUAUUCCGAUUUUUAAUUCCGUAGAAUUGUGACAGCUAUCAUUUUUUAACAUGUCAGAGAUGGAAAUGCUUUUUGGCCGAGCACAUUUUUCAAUUUCAAUACGAGCCUGAACAUCUGACUCUAUACAUAUAUUUCAUUUGUUAGUGUGCUUCACAUACAAGUGGUUUAACGGCGAGUGAUAAUUACGUCGUAUUCAUCACAAACAGUAAAAAACUUACAAGUUAAGAUAACAUUUUAUUUUAUUAAAAAGGUUUACUAAACCCUUAAUUAGUAGGCAGUGAUGGCAGCUAAAUAAUAAAAUAAAGUAAUUAAAGU